AGAUGCACAAUCAAAUCCCAAACUCUUACUUUGAAGGGGAGUCAUUUUGACUUCCGCUCCUGCCUCCUUCUUGCUGUCGCCUCCUCGCUCCUCCUCUCUCUUCUCCUCUCUCCUCCACGGAGCCGACACUUCUCCACGACUUUACUCAAACGCAGUCAUUGGUCACCACCAUGUCUUCUGGAAAUGCCACGAUUGGGAAGCCUGCCCCAGACUUUAAAGCCACGGCCGUAGUGGAUGGGCAGUUCAAGGACAUCAAGCUGUCAGACUACAAGGGGAAGUAUGUUGUCUUCUUCUUCUACCCCUUGGACUUCACCUUUGUGUGCCCCACUGAGAUUGUGGCUUUCAGCGACAGGGCAGAAGAGUUCCGCAAUAUCGGCUGCGAGGUUAUCGGCUGCUCCGUAGACUCUCACUUCAGUCACUUGGCAUGGAUCAACACUCCAAGGAAGCAGGGAGGUCUGGGUAAGAUGAAGAUUCCUCUUGUAGCAGAUCUCACCAAGUCAAUCUCCAGAGACUACGGUGUGCUGAAGGAGGAUGAUGGCAUCGCAUAUAGGGGUCUGUUUGUGAUUGACGACAAGGGCACCUUGAGGCAGAUCACCAUCAACGACUUGCCUGUGGGACGCUCUGUGGACGAAACUCUGCGCCUGGUCCAGGCCUUCCAGCACACUGACAAACACGGAGAGGUUUGCCCUGCUGGCUGGAAACCUGGUAGUGACACCAUCAUCCCUGAUGUCGACAAGAGCAAAGAGUUCUUCUCCAAGCAGUAAACGUGAAAGUGUCCUUGCUGAUUUGUAGCACUUGCCUUCAGAUGAGGUGUCCCUGUGAAGCAGUAUCUCAUGGCGUCCAGUCUAAUCUAUUAAACUCGGCAAAGUUUCUGAACUUGUUGGGGGAAAAAACCUUUGUUGCAACUCUUAUCUUUGUAUUUACAGUUGUUGGGGCGACCACAUAGUCUUAAGCACUGAAAUAAUAGUAUUGUUCCUUUUUCAGAAAACUUUCAGAUUAUUUUCCUUGUCAUGAAUAAUUCCUGUUACAUCUUUAUUAAAGCACUGGGGGAAAAAUGCAA